CAAGAUCAUGAAAAUCAAAAUUGUAAACAAUAUCAUAAUUAUAAACAACAGUAUGAUAAUGAACAAUAUCAUGAUCAAAAACAAUCAUAUAACUAUGAAAAUUGCAAUAAUAAGUUGUAUAGAUAUAAAAAUCAUAAUUGUGAGCUUCCUUUAAAAGAAGUUGAAAUUAAUUUUUAUUUGUUUGAAGUCUCAAAUCUGGAAUAUCAUAGGCCAAAAAGGCAUUUAUCCAAAUGA